GCAUAUUCUGACUUGCUAGCAAAAUUACCGGCUUUCCUAAUAAAUAAGGCAUGGAUACGUCUUACAUCACGGAAGCGUAAUCCAUUAUCUGAGAUAGAAGCCAGUGGAAUUAACCCAAUUGUAGAGUCAUUUUUAAAACAUGAAUAUCGCCUGUGA